UUGGAAUACUUGGCAGGGACUGUAAAGCACAAUAGAAUCAGAUUGCUGUUUAUGUUUUCUAAAAUAAAAAUAUUUUACUAUAAAAAGUAAAUAAUUAAUAGAACUUUUUUUUUAAGAAUAUGUUCAAUUAAACGUACAAGAACUAAUAUAAGCAAAUUAACACUUAACCUAAAAAUGGACGAAACGAAUCAAGAAGCUCCAAGCGAAGAAAAAAUAGAAUUUAAAAAGCCCGUGCUCUUCGGUCGCAUCGGGAAACUACCCAAAAAGGUUAAAAGUGAGUCUGAAAAGCCUCCAGAAGUUAAACGCAUUGAAGAACCUGCAGAAAACAGUUCAGAAUCGAGUUCUAAAAGUAGUUUACCGCCAGCGGUACUUUUAAAGGAAAUUUCGAGUCCUAUUCCAUAUAAGGAACCUAAAUGGUCAGGGGUUUGUCCUGAUGGAGCGGAUUAUUCUCUAGAAGUGCUAAAGUCAGGCAUGAUUGUGGAGCGAGUGGAGCUUACAGGCAAGCCAUACCAUGUUUUCGGGAGAUUUGCUAACAGCGAUGUUGUAAUGGCACAUCCUACUAUAUCACGGCACCAUGCAGUCCUCCAGUAUAAAGCGUUUGCUGAGGAUGGGGAGCAGCCGUGCGGCUGGUACAUGAUAGACCUGGGCAGCACUCACGGCACCUACCUCAAUAAGGAGAAGCUGAAGCCGAACCAUUACACCAGGGUCAGAGUCGGACAUCAGAUCAAGUUUGGGAAUAGCACAAGAACUUAUAUAGUGGUGGGCCCUGACUUUGACUGCGAAGGAGAAUCAGAAUUGUCGGUAACAGAAAUCAAGAAGAAAGCGGAAGAUAUGAAGGCAGAGCGAGAGAGGAUGAUACGGGAGGCCUUUGAACAGAGGGAGAAGGACAGAGUUGAGCAGGAGAAGAAGAGAGAAGAACAGGGAAUAGACUGGGGGAUGGGUGAGGACGCGGAAGAGGAACCAGACCUUCUGGAGAACCCUUACGCGGAGACCGGCAACGAGGAGUUGUUCCUCCAGGAUCCCAAGAAGACGCUGCGCGGCUACUGCGAGCGCGAGGGGCACGAGCUCAACUACGACUGUGAGGAGAGAGGUGUGGGGCAGUUCAUAUGCAGAGUAGAGUUACCUCUAGAUGACGCUAGAGGGAGGCCGGUGGUCGCGGAGGUCAUCCACAGAGGGAAGAAGAAGGAGGCCGUGAUCGCGUGCGCGCUGGAGGCCUGCAGGAUACUGGACCGGGCCGGGCUGCUGCGCCAGUCCAAACAUGAAUCCCGUCGUCGCAAGGAGCGCGACUGGUCAGCGGACGACUACUACGACUCGGACGACGACACGUUCCUCGACCGCACCGGCAGCGUCGAGAGGAAGCGAGAGCGACGCAUGCAGCGACACGGCGCGGCGGACAAGGACAGCGAUAAGCCACGGACUUAUGAUGACCUGUUAAAAGAAAUAUCUACCAUCGAGACCAAGAUAUCGUCUGAAGAGAAGACUCUGGAAACCCUCAGGUCCUCAGCAGCCAAGAGUAAGCAGGAGGCAGAGGAUGUGGAUGAACUGGACCAGUACAUGAAUAGUCUAAAACAAGGACCCAGCAUGGCGGAGAAGGCAGAAAUAUCCAAGACUAAGAUGAGUAUCCAGAAGCUGAAGCAGCAGCUCGCCAAGACGCAGCGCCUGGCGGAGCUGGCGCGGCCCGCACACCUCCCGCCCCUCAUCCGGCAGGCGGACAGCCGCCACAUCAAGCAGGCCGCUAACUCUGUACUCUACGGGAAGAGAAUACGACUAAAAGAAGACGCUGAAAAACGACCAAAAAUAAAAAAAAUAGUAAAACAAGAAGAAACGGAAUUUGUUGAAGAAGUAGACUCAGAUGAUGAAGACCCGAACAGUAAUGAAACAAACAUCAACAGCGACACUUCCAAAGACAUUCAAGAUAUCAAAGAAGGAAUUAAGCAAAAGCAAGAAGAGAUCAAGGAAGAAAAAGAAGCAAAAAUGUACGGACCAAUGAGGCCGCCUGAAAACUAUGUGAUACCUGAAAACUAUUUUGAUCAAGAGAGCGACCGAGACUUACCUGAAAUUAUGGAGAAAGAGUAGUUUAAGUUAUGAUUAAAUAAAUUGUUUUUAUAGAAGUUA